AUGAAUCGAACUGGCACUUCUCUUCUUCUUGAUUUUCUCCUGAAAGAGCUGGAUGGCUGGUGUAAUUCCUCCCAUCUUUCUGAUUCAGAGGAUGACAUUAGGGGGACAGUUGACAUCUGCAAAGUUGAACUGAGAUUUCUGAGAACAUUUCUGGUAUAUGUUAAAAACUGGGAUGGAGCUGGUCAUUUGGGGUCACUGGUUUCUGAUAUAAAAGCUGGCUUCAAAGAGUUGAGAAGGGAUUUCAGAGCUGCUUCUAAGAAAGGAAUAGAUAGAUCAAGGGUGCAUCUGGAAGCUGCAAUUUCAAAGUUACAAGAAAAGUCAACACUUAGGAGGCCACAGAUCCGAGCAGCUUAUGGUCUUGUUCAAGAUUUUGGUCUUAAACAAAGUAAGGUUAGAUACAUCUUGACACAAUUUGGAGCUGCACUGGUACAUGCGGCACAUCUUUCUUUUCGGUGCUGGGUUAAUAUGGAUGAUAUAGAUGAAAACAUGAUGAAAAUGCUCUCUAAUCUUCUAAAGAAAUUUAAGCCUAACACUCCACAAGUUAUUGAGGGUUGUCUUGAUGCACUUUUGGUGUUCAAUGAAACAACUGGUUUGGAACGUCUUGGCAGAUUUCUGAUUCCUGAGAAGAAUCAAGUAGAAAUCCUGAACCAAGGGCUUGGAUUUCUUAAUGGUUUAGAUGAAAGCAGGAAUAAAAUACCCUUUAAUCUGCUAGGGGAUUUCAUGCCUAACACAAUUAUUGAGGGAUAUCUAGACGUACUCAGGCCAGCUGACAAGGCCUUGGAUUUCACUAAACAACUUGAGCUAUUCUGCAGAAUUCCGUUUUUUUCUAAUGAGUACCAGGUUGAUUCUCUUAACAAAGGGCUUGAACACCUUGUUCUGUUUGUCUUCUACUAA